GUGGAGGCGGGUUGUUUUUCAUUCAAAUCCUCACAGCUCCUAUAAAAAGAACAACUCUGAGAGACGGUAGGCUAAAACAGAUGGGAAAAGGUGAAUGAUACAAUUGUAUCUAUCUGCCUGCCUUGCUGGCCCGAUAUCAUCGGCAGGCCGAGAUGCAAAAGUCUGCAGGUGUCCUGGCUGUGAUGGCCCUGAAACACACAGUUCUGUGUCUGGUUCUGCUGCCCCGGUUCCUCCUGGCAGCGCUGAUGCUUUGGCUCCUGGACUUUUUGUGCAUCAGGAGAAAGGUGCUGCAGAAGAUGGAGAAGCGGGGUAAUAGCCCUGACGACCCGCCCGUCUGCGUCUCCGACUCCAACAAGAUGUUCACUUUGGAGUCGCUUAGGGCGGUGUGGUACGGACAGAAAUUAGACUUUUUUAAAUCGGCUCACCUUGGAUUUAUAGCGCCCAACACUGAGGUGGUACAAUUGCAAGAGCAGCGCAGGGUCAGGGUCUUGGACUAUGUAAAAGGGAGGAGACCUCUCAUCCUUAACUUCGGCAGUUGCUCCUGACCACCGUUUAUGACGCGCCUGGCUGCUUUUCAGCGCGUCGCGAGCCAGUACGCGGACAUCGCGGACUCCUUGCUUGUAUAUAUCGAAGAGGCGCAUCCCUCGGACGGCUGGGUGAGCUCCGAUGCGCCUUACCAGAUCCCCAAGCACUGUUGUCUGGAGGACAGGCUGAAAGCCGCUCAACUGAUGCACUCGGAGGUGCCCGGCAGUACUGUGGUGGUGGACAAUAUGGACAAUUCGUCCAACGCGGCGUAUGGAGCCUAUUUUGAAAGACUUUAUAUUCUAAGGGAUGAGCGGGUCGUGUAUCAGGGUGGCAGGGGACCAGAGGGCUACAAGAUAUCAGAGCUGAGGAACUGGCUCGAACAAUACAGGAAUGAUUUAGAGAAUUCCCGAACGGUGGUGGUCCACGUUUAAAAGAUAGGCUUACCAUUACCCACGGCGCGUGAGGUCUCCAGUGAAGAAGUAUUCCGAUGCUGCUAAAAACUCUUGACACACAGCACAUAUGCCUAUAGGCCUAUACAUGUUGUUUUGGUUCAGAAGCAUUAUAACAGGACGCAGAUUUUGGAACAUGUGUAUGAUCUAAAACGGAAGAUAGGCUUAGCUGUUCUCUCGUGCUUGUCUUGUCCUUAUUUGUUUGGUUUUGUUUUGUAAUAAGCUGUUCUAUUCAUUUGAACCUAGGCAACAUUUGUAUAUGCCUAUUCCAGUUUGACAUCAUUUGAUUAUCAACACUUUAUUUUUAAACAGUCUCUACCUUCAAGGCGUGUGUGCGUGUGCGUGCGUGUGUGUGUGUGUGUGUGUGUGUGUGUGUCUGUGUGUCUGUUUAAAAGGCUAAUACCUUUUACUCUAGUGUUGCUGUGAAGUUCGGUUUUUAAAGGGUUUUAAACCAGAAAACUGAUACUGAUGUUAUUUAAUACUAGAGUACUUGGCGACUAGCAAUGUCCUCAACGAACAAUUGCCAAACGUUAUGUAAAUUAUAUUUUAUUGAACAAAUAUUUUUAAUAAAUGUUAGAACACAUUCA